AUGAAUCUAUAUCAGAGCCACCUCAGCGCGUCGUUCGGAGCGGCCCGUCACGAAGCCGACACGGACUCACGUGAUGUCUUUACCACGAUCAAGCCCGUAAUUCCGUCUCACUCCUGCUAUGCUCCACUGGCCUCGCCACAGCACCGUCAGCCUGAGCGCCGAGAAGAGAUGCUUCAGGUCAACCCGUUUCUGUCUGUUUACACCACGCGAUUUACCGGUCUCGAGCUUGGUGAUCGUUGGCAUCUCAAGACUUCACCCUAUUUCGCCCGUUGGCUUGUCGAUCUCCUAAUCUUUUUCAUCCGACCCGGCUGUCGCAAAGCCACAAAAGACCCAAACAACCCGGACCAAUACAGCGCAAACCAGCGGUGUCGAAAAAGAAGGCCCGAAUCCACUCUUUAG